AUGGAUGCGUACGGCGUCCGACGCAAGGACACCACCAAAGGUCCGCCUCUGCGGAUUCUUUCACUCGGUACGUCAUCGACAUCAUGCAGCCCGAAUCACUCUCCCUCGCUAACAAGCACAGACGGCGGCGGUGUUCGUGGCUACUCCAUGCUCAUCAUUGUCCAGGAACUCAUGCACCGCACCUUUGUCGAAGCUCAUGGCCGCGCUCCGCGCCGCAGCGAAAUCCCCAAGCCAUGCGAUCACUUUGACCUCAUCGUCGGCACCGGAACGGGCGGUCUCAUCGCCAUUAUGCUCGGCCGCCUCCGACUCGACCUCGAGACGUGCAAAGAGCUCUACGUCCGCAUGACGCGCAUGGUAUUUCAGACUGACAAGACCAUUGCCGGCAUCCCAUACCGAUCCACCCUCUUCAAGGCCAGCAAGCUGGAAGAGGCCAUCCGUCAAGCCGUCUGCGAGCACACCGUCAACGAACAAGAAGGAAACGAUGGCGACGAACCCGUCAACCCCCUCUACUCGUCACGCCUCUCGACCAGCUCAAGCUCCUCUGUUCCUCAGCGACAUCUCAGCAAUGCCAGCACGGUCAGCUUCAGCGCGCGCAGUCCUACGGCGCAAGCCGCUGCGCGACCGUUCUUCAACUCUAGAUAUGGGAACGGCGAUGCGCGACUAUACGACGCGCGCGAGAAUCGCACAAAAACCGCCGUAACAGCCAUGUAUAAAGACUCACCCAGCCACUCCGCUCCCGCCAUCCUUCGAUCCUACGACUCGCGCCGCGAACCUCCUCCCGAUUUCGACUGUAAAAUUUGGCAAGCUGGCCGUGCCACAUGCGCCAUCGGCCUCGCCUUCAAGCCCAUCACGAUUGGCCAGGCCACCUUUCACGACGACGGUGUCGGCACCUUUAACCCCGCCCCCGAGGCUCUCGACGAGGCCGUGGUCAACGAGUGGCCCGGCCGGGAGGUUGGCGUCUUUGUCAGCGUCGGCACCGGUAAGCGCCCGCGCGGCAGCGACGGAAACCAGGCAGUCUGGUACGAGGGCUUCCUCGGCGAGUUUGCCGAGGCGCGUCGUCGUCUCAUCUCCAAAAUUGAAGGAUGCGAAAAGAUUCACGAGUUUAUGCUCCGCGAGCACCUCUCGCGGCGCAACGUGAACCCCGAAAACUACUUUCGCAUGAAUGUCGAGAUUGGCGUGGGCGAGUUUGGCAUGAAUGAGUGGCAUCGACUCGGCGACAUUAGCACCGGCACGCGACGCUACAUGGCGCGCGACGAAGAGCAGCGCAUGAUUCUCGGCAUCUCCUCGCGGCUCGCCAAGGUGCACCGCGCGAGGCAGCGCCUCGAGCGACAGGCCAACACGAUCCCCGAAGUAGUCAAGCAGCAGCCCUCGGCCAACUUUGACGUCCCCUUUGCCGUCGAGCUCCCCGGCGACACCCCUAGCGCGUUUCCGCCUUCGCCCCGGAGCGGUCUCUCGCAGACGUCGUUUGACUCGGGCCGCCCCGACAGCCUCACCGUUGGCAACAACCCGACGACGACGACGACAACAUGGAGCGCAGCCUCCCCGCGAGGCUCCUACGACUACGCGCGACCCGGCGGCGCCGCGCCCUUCCCGCCCGGCACCGCCUCGCCUCCGCCGCCUCCAUCGCGCGCCAGUAACCGCAACGGCAACGGCACACCGAGCAGCGACCCGGACCGGCUACUCGGAACGGCGCCCACACCGUCCCAGUUUCGAACUGCCUCGGGCGCGGACAAGAUUGCCAUAAUGAGCCCAGACGAGCACGCGCGGCCGCUGCCGCCGGCACCGCAGUCACCGCCACCAUCUACGCGCAUCGAGCCCCCGCCACUGCCGCCCAAGACGCCGCUGCCGGGACACAGGGUCAGCAGCAGCCACGCGAGCAACGGGCAUGCGCCGCCGUAUCCGAUGGAUGAUGAGGAAGCGCCCCCGCCGCCGGUCAAUAUGGCGCGGAAACCGGAUUAUCGAGGUUGA